AUGCCUGCCUACCUGAAUAACCACAAGCAGAACAGGACUAUCAAAGAUGGCAAAGAGAAGAGGAGAAACAGCAAAUCAGCAUUUGAGGAAGUGAGUGAGGAAGAUGAGGAAGAUACGAUGAAACAAGCCCUGAUGGAUCAGCCGCAGGCGCCCAGCUGCGUCUACAUCCACCCCGACUCGCCCAACUUCGGCGCCCACUGGAUGAAGGCGCCCGUCUCCUUCAGCAAAGUCAAACUCACCAACAAGCUCAACGGCGGCGGACAGAUCAUGUUGAACUCUCUGCACAAGUACGAGCCAAGGAUUCAUAUAGUGCGAGUGGGUGGCCCGCAGCGGAUGAUCACCAGCCAUUCCUUCCCAGAGACCCAGUUUAUAGCCGUGACGGCCUACCAGAACGAGGAGAUCACAGCUUUAAAAAUUAAAUACAAUCCGUUUGCAAAGGCAUUUCUUGAUGCAAAAGAAAGAAGCGAUCACAAAGAUAUGAUGGAAGAAGUGGGAGACAACCAGCAGUCUGGGUAUUCGCAGUUAGGUAGUUGGCUCAUUCCCGGGACUGGGACCCUGUGCCCACCUGCCAACCCUCACCCGCAGUUCGGAGCCCCCCUGUCGCUCUCCCCUGCUCACAGCUGCGAAAGGUACUCAUCGCUGAGGAACCACCGUCCUGCCCCUUACCCCAACCCCUACGCCCAUAGAAACAACUCGCCAACAGCCUAUGCCGAUAACUCCUCUGCCUGCCUUUCCAUGCUGCAGUCCCAUGACAAUUGGUCAUCUCUAGGAGUUCCCGCACACACGACGAUGCUGCCCAUGAGUCACAGCACUGGCACAGCUACCAGCUCCAGUCAGUAUCCCAACUUAUGGUCUGUGAGCAACAGCACCAUCACACCGGUGUCUCAGUCGAGCGGGAUGUCCAAUGGCCUGAGCUCCCAGUUUUUACGUGGCUCUCCAGCGCACUACACUGCCCUUCCGCACGCGGUCACUGCCGCCUCCUCCGCAUCCCCCCUGUACGACAGCGGGACACCCACGGACCUGCCCGACAGCCAGUACGAUGCCUCCGCACAUGCCAGGCUAGCAUCCACGUGGACGCCUGUCACCCCCCCUUCCAUGUAA